AGUGGAGCCACGAAUAAUCGCCGCAUAGAUCCCGGCUGAUAGUUGACGAUCUUCGGCGCAAUGUGCGGCCGCUCCGGGAAUUUUAAUUCGGUGGUCCUCUUCGCCGCGUGCGGUCUAUUGAUGACGGCUAUCACUAGCAGCGGCGAUAUCGCCGACAAUGAAUCCUUAUCAGUGCUAAGGGAUGAUCCGCGCUGCUCGCCGUCGCUCAGCGUGAUCUUUAACGUGUCGGAAAACAGUAUCGCAUCGAAAGAAUCGAUCGAGAGGGACAAUUGCAGCCUUCUCCCCCACAACAAUACGAUUCCGGCCCAUUUACGUUGGACUGAUGACAAUAAUGUCACCUACGGUUGCAUCUGUAAGUUACGCAACUGCAUUAGGAAGUGCUGUCGCAGUGACGAAGUGCUCCCCAAGGAUCUCUCGAAGAAGCCGGAAUGUCAGAAGAUAAAUGAUACCACGAUGACGGCGAAGAUAAUGCCGGAUCUGCUUUUACCAAAGGAACAAAUGGCCGAAGAGUUAUUGACUGGCCAAUGUGUUGGCAAGCUUAAAGAGCGAUUCUUUUUGCUGGAGAGCUUCAUCGAUUGUCCUGCCGGCACUUACGCUCUUCAACCAGAAGCAUAUCAGGAGGAUAAGGUUGUCCUCCAAGUGAAUGGCAGUCUCGUAGGUCCUGACGGAAAGGUAUAUCCAUUCUGGAAUUAUUGUCUCGAUUGGCAUGUGACUUCCGACCGAAUCGGUAUUUUGGUCUGCGUGACGCAAGAUAUGACUGAAUGAAAAAAUACGGCCCAUCAUGUGGGUAUUAUGGUGUCCAUUCCGUUCCUCAUCGCUACUUUUCUGGUAUACACGAUUAUCCCCGAGUUGAAGAAUCUCUACGGCAAAACACUUAUGUGCUACGUCAUCUGUUUAAUUACCGCCUACGUUUCCCUGCUCUCGGCUAAAUUAUACAUUUACAUGUCUUCAAUACAGACAUUAUGUCUGAGAACGGCCCUGUUCCUCGCUUGUCCUGCGAUCCUGAUCGCAACCGCUCUCGAAAGUAAUCAGACGGAAGAAAAGUCAAAGGGAUCAUGGGAGGAAAGCUUUAUCAUCUCUCAUGUUUAUUCGGAGAUGACGACUGAUGUCGAUCACGGCUCCGGAAAGCCUCGUGUGUCGCUAUGUUGUCGCGUUAAUUCCUUCCUCAUCGGAGACGAGUGCGUAAAGGGGUCGACAAACGGGACGGAGAUGGUUCAGCUGCCGGAGAUUUACAACGAGACGAAUCUCGCGCUGGCAAAUCUCACUACGAGUGACGAGUACUUUAAUUUUGUCGUAUGGAAUCCGUGCGUCGGUAAGAAUCGGUACGCUUUGAAUCCGCGUGAUUACGAGGACGAGAAAUGGUAUCUCGUGUCCAACGGCUCUAUAUUACGACCUUUAGCCGAGGAGCUGGAGGAACGUGUCCUCGACUAUCGUCAAUACUGUUUAGCCCGAGUGAGAAGCCACGAGUAUCGGGAAUACCUGGCGUUCUUCUGCGAAGAAAUGUACCCAAUCGAGGAUGAUGGCAGUGGGGUCGUGUACUCUUUCGGAAUGCUCGUGUCCGUGCCGUUUCUGGCAGCCACAUACGUCAUUUACUGGUUACUACCUGACCUAAAAAAUUUGCACGGCCUAACCUUACGCGGAUACGUCGGUUGCUUGGCAACGGCGUACAGUAUAGUGGGGAUACUACAGCUGACACCGCAGGAACAAAUCAUGAUCGACGUCUGCAUCGCACUCGCCUUUGUCAUCUAUUUCUCAUUUUUGGCAAGCUUCUUCUGGUUAAAUGUGAUGUGCUUCGACAUUUGGUGGACAUUUGGAGGAUUCCGUUCGUUACAAGGAAGCAUGAAGCAGCGAGACAGAAAGAAGUUUAUAAUAUAUUCGAUUUAUGCGUGGGGAAGCGCCUCCAUUCUCACUAUAAUCUGCGCCAUCAUGAAUUUUGUUGAUAGCGUACCAAAGGACUUUAUUCGACCGGAAUUCGGUGACGUGGGAUGUUGGUUCACUACGAACGCAGCAAAGGCGUUGUACUUUUACGGACCUAUGGGUAUCACUGUUAUCUGCAAUAUUUGUUUAUUCAUCUCUACGGCAUUAAAGAUCGUGCGCCAUAAAAAAGACACAGCUCAUCAUCUAAGAGGUUCGGAGAGUCAGCGUCACGAUGAUAAUAAACAAUGGUUCAAUCUAUAUUUGAAGCUGUUUAUCGUGAUGGGCAUAAAUUGGUCUAUGGAAAUAGUGUCGUGGUUGUUCAAGGAUGCAGCACCAGAAUACAUCUGGUAUCUUACCGAUCUGACAAAUACUCUGCAAGGACUCAUUAUUUUCAUCAUUUUUGUGUGGAAGGAGAAGAUCAAGCGACUGUUGCUGAAACGAUUUGGUUGUCAGACUCGCGGUCCAUUUUCUAGAAAUUCGACACGAAGCGGUUACCUUAGCUCGGCUUCGCGUACCUGUACCACUACGUCAGGAGUGAUUCCCCUGCAGGAAAAGAUUAGUCCUUACGUGCAAGGGAACUGUCGUGGUACGAAGAAUUCAUCUGACGAAGCUGAUCCUUAGAUCGGGAUUCAUAAUCAGUUCUAAUAUUUAAGAUAGUUUUAAGUACAAUCUUAAGAUGUCACUAACCACAGAGUCGUAUCAACAUCUUAAGAGAAUGCUGAAUAAGAUUUGUUUUAUCGAUAAAUCUUUAUUGGCUAUACAGAAUGAAAAAUCU